GCAUAUUGAAAAGAAAUGUUUCUUGUUUAAAAAAGUCUACUUUUAUGUAUUCUAACAAGUUUAUCGAAUCAGCGCAGCCAGCUAUCGAAGAUUUGAAUUUUAGCCAAUCGGCUUGAAGAUGCGAAGGAAUCGCGCGAAAUUUGCCAAAAGGCAGCCCCUGCUUCUCCAACUCCAACGAUCGGGCACAAGGAUUCAAAAUCGCUCCAAGUUCAAGUUUAUGCAAAUCAUCGAGAAUACUUUCCCUUGGAAAAUCCCUGAUGAAGAUGGGCGUCCGCGCGCAUUCGAAAUCCAGCAAGAUUUUCGACUUCUGUUCAGCUCGUGCUGGGAUUUGAAGGAUGGCCUCCCCCUUGUCGCGCUUGACGUUUUUGGCGAGAGACAGCUCGAAAUUGUCAUCGCGACUCGCGACGAUCGUGCUCGCCGAGCGAAGCGAAGCGAGGAUCCGGGUGUUCCAUUCGCAUCAGCAUCAGGGUGGAAGGGUGCUCGACAGGAAACCGAGGGUGUUCUUAACCUGUACCGCGCUUAUCUCGGCGGUAGGUCUCGGCUAUGUCUUGUAUAAGUGGAAAGAUGACAUACGGCAGAGAAUCGAAACUCUGGCCGUCCCUAAUUGUCCUGUCAUUCAUGCCAUUUCAUUGCCACCGUCCCAUGGUCAGAACAGGGAUAAGUACAAUUUUAUAGCGGACGUGGUGGAAAUAUCUGCGCCAUCCGUUGUUUACAUCGAGAUCAAGGACAACAGGAUGAUAGACUUCUUUACUGGGAAACCAGCUACCACUAGUAAUGGAUCAGGAUUUAUUGUUAGUCAGGAUGGUUUAAUACUAACAAAUGCUCAUGUUGUAGUAAAUAAACCCAAUACGACAGUCAAGGUGCGGCUUCAUGACGGUAGUAUAUACACUGGUGUAAUAGAAGAUGUUGACUUGCAAAGCGAUCUAGCCACUGUGCGAAUAAAUAAGACCAAUCUGCCUGUAAUGAAGCUUGGUUGUUCGGCCAAUAUCAGGCCAGGAGAAUUUGUAGUGGCUAUUGGUUCUCCACUAGCUCUUAGCAACACUAUAACAAGUGGAGUAGUAAGCAGUGCAAACAGACAAAGUGAAGAACUUGGCCUACCUAAUCCACGUAUGGAAUACAUUCAAACGGAUGCAGCGAUUACUUUUGGAAAUUCGGGUGGACCGUUAGUAAAUUUAAAUGGGGAAGCAAUAGGGAUAAAUGCAAUGAAAGUAACACCUGGAAUUUCAUUUGCCAUACCUAUAGAUUAUGCAAAAGAAUUCUUGAAAAAAGUGGAAUUACGAAAGAAAACCAAAGGCGUGACGUCUCAACAAGUACCUAGGAGAAGAUAUGUAGGCAUUACAAUGCAAACUUUGAUGCCAGACACCUUACUUGAAAUGCAACAAUAUAAAGAAUAUAUGAAUGUCAGGCAUGGAGUUCUUGUAUGGAAAGUAAUGCUUAAAUCUCCAGCUCAUAAUGCUGGAUUGCAGCCUGGAGAUAUAGUGACUCAUGCCAAUGGCAAUCCUGUGACAAAUUCAAGUAAUAUUUAUAAGAUUUUAGAACAACCAGGACCAAUAAAAUUCCAAAUUUUAAGAAAAGGAGAAAUUAUAUAUAUAACAGUUGAACCCGAGGAUUUAUAGCUCUGAUUGAGAAAUAAAUAAUAUGAAAGGUA